AAUAAUACUCCUGAAACUAGUACCAAAACAUUUUGUAAAAUAUUAAUUUGGAUAACCUGACAAGUAAAUGUUUUGUAAGGAUAAUUUGUAGUAUAAAAUAGGAACAGUUGCCAUCUUAUGCAUCUAUAUAAUAAUACGCCAAUUGCGUGUCUCUGUGACAGGCAAAGUGGAUGUGUUCAUUUUCCUUUGAUGUUGCCGAAAAAUGCAUGCCUAAUAUGUUCUGACGUUACGGCGCGACGUCAAUAAUACUAUAUAUGAUACGAUCCUAUACAUUAUUUUGAUCAGCGUUUCAACUUCUACACAUAGACAACGAAUAAAGUUAAUUUCGCCAGUUUUCUGUAUCUCACUGCCGACGUCAGAAAAAAUCUAAAACAACCUAUUUUUCCAUUGACCUUUUGCCGAAAUGGGUUUUUCAAGGGCUACAAUUAUGAAAUUGUAGCCCUUGAAAAUCAUCAAACAAUGUGACAUCGAUUGUGCUUUUUUUUAUUAUAUUAUUCAAAAGAAUGCGUAACUGUUAUCAAUCUUGCACAUUUAAAAUGACUUUUUAAUGCGAGGUGAUGGAAUUAUUUGAAAUAAAAAACAGAGUUGUGCAAAAAAUAAACGCCCGAACAGUUUUGCAUUAUAAUGAAGCAAGGCUGACAAAGAAAAAAUUGAUGUUUGAUUCAAACUCUGGUACCUAUUGUAUCUCAUUCAACACUUUAUUAAUGUUCUAAUGUUCUAUGUAGGAUAAUAACUAUAUUAAUAAUUUAAAAUACAAUUCAAACAAUGGUUGUGACGUCAUUAUCGCUGCAGGUGUUGCUUGUCAUCACUGUGUUGGCAAAAGAUCAGGAAACCGUUGAUUAUCUUGGUUUAAAAAGUAUCUUAUCAUACAACUAUCCAAGCCAUGGUGUUGGAAUGAAACAUGCAGAAGUGUACAUCGUGAAAAACAUGUUUCAUGGUUUCCGUAUUGUAAAAGGUUUGAACAACCAGCCUGGUGCAAUCUCCUUCAAAUCUCUCAACCAUUCUAACCAUUAUCUUUGCAACAAAUCAUCUUUUAUGUUCAUUGAAAAAAACAACCAAAUGCAGAAUUUUCAAAAUUGUUCCUCUUACUUCAUCCGAAUAGAUAGAUUUUACCAUAAGUCUGUGGCAUUUGAGUCUAGCAGUUAUCCUGAAUAUUUUAUUCGUCAUGACAACUACAGAGUUAAAUUGGAACGUAGUGAUGGAACCACGAAAUUCAAGCAAGAUGCUAGUUAUAAAAUUCAACCAAUCAUAACAUUCAUUGCAGGAAGUGAUGGUGAUAAAAAAACCUACUCAAGGACUUGGUUGGCUGCACCUAUUGUUUUUCCCAUGUUUCUCAUACUGUUUUUACUUGGAAGACGAAACCAAGGAAGUGAUUGUUUUAGCAGAUUUUGCCACAAGUGUAACCGGAGAGAGAGCAACAAAGAAACAGCUGAAAAUUAUGAGGAAUAUGAGGUCACAGCAUCGCCUGAACAAGGAAAAGCAAAGUUUUCGUCACUUUCAUCUGAGCCUCCACCGUUGUACCAGAUGGCUACAAGUUAUGUUAAUGAAACUGUAACAGAUGAUGCACCAGUGGCUUAUGUUUUAUUGGACAGAAACCGGGCUAUUUAUGCUUUAUCCGAUACGAACAAGGAUGAUCAUACACCAACCCAUCUUCUUGCAAACAUGUCAAAUUCAAAAAUAGAUUAUCCAAUAUUGAAUACAUGUGAGGCUGUUGGUGAAACAGUAACAAUGAGCAAUAGUGAGGAUGCAUCUUCCACAAAAGGUAAGCAAGAAACUGUACAGUGAAUUAAACUAAAGACCUAAUAAAAGUCCCAGUAAGGGUAAAAAAGAUGUGGAAAGAAAGAAUUUUGAAUUUUAUUGUUCAAAAAAUAUUUGAAAUAUCAAAGAUCAUACCCGCAAGCAAUCAUUCAGACUUCAGUCCUCAAAAAAUUACGUGCACAAUCGGCAUCGGGCACUGAAAAGCCUUGCACGUGAAAUUUGUAAGAAUUUUUAAAUUCCCAGCACCAACAAGGUCAACGCCUACCCAGAAUGAAUUUCUAUUUUGUUGCAACAUAACAAAUCACUUGGUCCUCAAGAUGUUGAUAAUUCACAGAAAAGAAAUGCUCUACGACGGUAGAAAAAAUGUUUUAUGCAUGUAAUAUAUAAAAAUAGCUCUUUGUGAACAGGUUUACACAUACAAGAUCAUGGCGCCUGAUUCCACGUAUUUAUUUUUUAUGGCAUACCCGAUUCCGAUCGUACACGAUCGUGCACCAUUACUUAAAUACCGAGCCCGAUUUAUCGUGUACUAUAAAAACAAAUCUUUUGAGGCCUGUUUGAACUUGUGAAAGUUCAAUUGUCCAUAUUCACAACUAGACUUAGUACUUUGCAUUUUUUGUAUUUUUUGGUUAGGUCCGAAAUAUCAAACUAUUAUAAUUUUUGCUGACAUCAGCAUAACCUAUUUUCUCGAUUUCCCGGAUCUUUGCCACUGGUGCAUUUUCAACGUUCCUUACUUUAAAACUUUUGUAUAAUUGCUUUUCCAUAUUUACUUGUUAAUUUUGUUGGGGUUUAAGGUAAGAAACCAAAUUUAUUUUAUUUAAUAAAUCUUCUGUGCAGUCUAUGCUGAAGCAUCAUCAGAUCAUAUUAUUAAUUAAAGUUUUCUUAGAACAUCUAAAAUACCGUUAAAAUUUCAUUUAGUCCCAUGAGGGCACUUAAUUAUAAACAAUGAUUCUAUAAAAUAUUCUCUCAUAUGUCCGACAACGUGUUUACCUCCUCUGUUCAAUUUAAUAGCUCCUUAGUGUUAUUUUUUAUUCUCCUUCUCUUCAACACUUCUACUUCAUCAAAAUUGACUGUAUAUUUCGUUUCUUUUCUGCAUUUUGUUAUGUAUUCCGCAUCAGAACCAUGAUGACUCGAUACAUUGUUGAAUGUUACAUGUUAUUCUAUCUACCAUUACUUUUUUACUUUUAGAUCUGCAGAGUACAGCGUAAGUAGACACCCAGAGUGAAUUAUCGAGUAAUUUAUAAUGUAUUAAUAUAUAAAUCUUAACAGUAAUUUGAAAAGGAUUAAAAAAUACAAACUCAAAAUUUUUUUAAACUUUUUUAACGAUAUUAUAUAAACUUUUUUAUAUAUUUGUUUUUCAGGUGUUAAAUAUUUGUACCACAAUUUUAAAAUAAUUUUUUAAGUUUACCAUCAUUUAAAUAAUUUGUAACUUUUAAAUAUAAAAUUUUUUAAAUAAUUUUUAAAAUAAAUAAAUUAAUACUACAGAACUACUACUUAAUACUAACUCGCUUUUUCAGACACAGAAUUCCACUUAAUUUUAUAAGAAUGUUUUCAGUGCAAUAAUCGGACAAUGGGAAUAUUAUUAUGGUUGCAUUAUUAUUGAAACAUCUCAGAGUGCUCCAAUUUUAAUGAAGUGAAAUGCAAGGCUUUGUAGCUAGCUACAUCUUUUAUUUUUCUCGUAUUAAAAGCAUAUGCAAUAAGUAAGCUCUUUAAGGAUCAGAUCUUUGUUUAAACAACAAUGAAAGACUGAAUAUUAAUAUCAAACAAGGUUCUUAUGGAGAAUCAGUCAAUUUAAAAGUUAGAAUAUCUACUUUUGCUGCAAAUAUUUUGUAUGGAGCUAACCUUUUUAUAUUUAAGACUUUUAAUCAUUUGAAAUGAUUGGUGAGAAUCGCUUAUGUUAAAAUUCCACUGGAAUACAGUUAGUUUCAAUAAUUGCAUUCGAAAGUUUUAAGGCUACUUAGUUACAAAUCAAAUAAUGUUUUCAUGACGAAAAGAAAAACUACUCAUCAAUCGUGAAAAAAUGAAAUAAUGAUUCAAGAGAUUAUUUGGUGUGACAGUGCUCCACAAUUAUGCACAUGUUUUAAAUUUUCUGUUUUCAAUUUAUAACAUGUUUACUGUGUUGUCUUUUGAUGUUUAAUUUUAUGUUAUUCCUCUGAAAAUGAAAUAUUAUAUA